GCGGGUGGCCUGGGCAGCUUAAGUGAGGGGAGCGAGUUUCUCAGUUGGAGCUGGUGUGCGGGGUUUGAGGGUUCUGAAGAAUCUGAGGUGUCUUCUCGCUGUCUCUUGGGGGCGGGGCGACAGCUGCCACCGCCUGGGCCGCGGCCUAGCGCCCUCUUGUGGGGCCCCCUGUGGCCCCCGCCAUGCCCACGGCCGCGGCCCCCAUCAUCAGCUCGGUGCAGAAGCUGGUUCUGUACGAGACCCGAGCUAGGUAUUUUCUAGUUGGGAGCAAUCAUGCAGAAACGAAAUAUCGUGUCUUGAAAAUUGAUAGAACAGAACCAAAAGAUUUGGUUAUAAUUGAUGAUAGGCAUGUAUAUACUCAGCAAGAAGUACGGGAACUUCUUGGCCGCUUAGAUCUGGGAAAUAGAACAAAAAUGGGACAGAAAGGAUCCUCUGGGUUAUUCCGAGCUGUGUCAGCAUUUGGUGUUGUCGGGUUUGUCAGGUUUUUAGAAGGUUAUUAUAUUGUGCUGAUAACCAAACAGAGGAAGAUGGCAGAUAUUGGAGGUCAUGCAAUAUAUAAGAUUGAAGAUACCAAUAUGAUCUAUAUCCCCAAUGAUUCUGUACGGAUUUCUCAUCCUGAUGAAGCUAGGUAUCUACGAAUAUUUCAAAAUGUGGACCUAUCUAGCAAUUUUUACUUUAGUUACAGCUAUGAUUUGUCCCACUCACUUCAAUAUAAUCUUACUGUCUUGCGAAUGCCCCUGGAGAUGUUAAAGUCAGAAACAACCCAGGCUCGCCAGGAGAGUUUUGACAUUUUUGAAGAUGAAGGAUUAAUUACACAGGGUGGAAGUGGUGUAUUUGGGAUCUGUAGUGAGCCUUAUAUGAAGUACGUGUGGAAUGGUGAACUUCUGGAAAUAAUUAAAAAUACUGUGCAUCGUGACUGGUUGUUAUAUAUCAUUCAUGGAUUCUGUGGACAGUCAAAACUGUUGAUCUAUGGACGUCCAGUCUAUGUUACUCUAAUAGCCAGAAGAUCCAGUAAGUUUGCUGGGACCCGUUUUCUCAAGAGAGGAGCAAACUGUGAGGGUGAUGUUGCAAAUGAAGUGGAGACUGAACAGAUACUUUGUGAUGCUUCUGUGAUGUCUUUCACUGCCGGCAGUUAUUCUUCUUAUGUGCAAGUUAGAGGAUCCGUUCCCUUGUACUGGUCCCAGGACAUCUCCACUAUGAUGCCUAAGCCACCUAUUACAUUGGACCAGGCGGAUCCAUUUGCACAUGUGGCUGCUCUUCACUUUGAUCAGAUGCUUCAGAGGUUUGGCUCUCCCAUCAUCAUCCUGAAUUUAGUGAAGGAAAGAGAAAAAAGAAAGCAUGAGAGAAUACUGAGUGAAGAACUUGUUGCUGCUGUGACCUAUCUUAAUCAGUUCCUGCCUCCUGAGCACACCAUUGUCUACAUCCCCUGGGAUAUGGCCAAGUACACGAAAAGCAAGCUGUGUAAUGUUCUCGAUCGACUGAAUGUGAUUGCAGAAAGUGUGGUGAAGAAAACAGGUUUCUUUGUAAACCGCCCUGAUUCUUACUGUAGCAUUUUACGGCCAGAUGAAAAGUGGAAUGAACUAGGAGGAUGUGUGAUUCCCUCUGGUCGCCUACAGACUGGCAUUCUUCGAACCAACUGUGUGGACUGUUUAGAUCGCACCAACACAGCACAGUUUAUGGUGGGAAAAUGUGCUCUGGCUUAUCAGCUGUAUUCUUUGGGAUUGAUUGACAAACCUAAUCUACAGUUUGAUACAGAUGCAGUGAGGUUAUUUGAGGAGCUCUAUGAAGAUCAUGGUGAUACCCUGUCUCUUCAAUAUGGUGGCUCUCAACUUGUUCACCGGGUAAAAACCUACAGAAAGAUUGCACCUUGGACCCAACACUCAAAAGACAUCAUGCAGACUCUCUCUAGGUAUUACAGCAAUGCUUUCUCAGAUGCUGAUAGACAAGAUUCUAUCAAUCUCUUCCUGGGAGUUUUCCAUCCCACUGAAGGGAAACCGCAUCUCUGGGAACUCCCAACAGAUUUUUAUUUACACCACAAAAAUACUAUGAGACUUCUACCAACAAGAAGAAGUUAUACUUACUGGUGGACACCAGAAGUGAUAAAGCAUUUGCCAUUACCUUAUGAUGAAGUAAUUUGUGCUGCAAACUUAAAGAAAUUAAUAGUGAAGAAAUUUCACAGAUAUGAAGAAGAAAUUGAUAUCCACAAUGAGUUCUUUCGGCCAUAUGAAUUGAGUAGUUUUGAUGAUACCUUUUGCUUGGCUAUGACAAGUUCAGCACGUGACUUUAUGCCUAAGACUGUUGGCAUAGAUCCAAGUCCGUUUACUGUGCGGAAACCAGAUGAAACUGGAAAAUCCGUCUUGGGAAAUAAAAGCAAUCGAGAAGAAGCUGUAUUGCAGCGGAAAACUGCAGCCAGUGCCCCACCCCCCCCCAGUGAGGAGGCCGUGUCCAGCAGCUCUGAGGAUGACUCUGGGACAGACCGUGAGGAUGAGGGGUCUGUGUCUCAGCGCUCCACCCCUGUGAAGAUGACUGACACAGGAGACAGCACCAAAGCCACUGAGAAUUUGGUCCAACCCAUGAAAGAAGUGUAUGGAAUUAAUCUCUCAGAUGGCCUCUCUGAGGAAGAUUUCUCCAUUUAUUCAAGAUUUGUUCAGCUUGGGCAGAAUCAACAUAAACAAGACAAAAGCAGCCAACAGCUCUGUUCCAGGUGCUCAGAUGGAGUUAUAAAACUAACGCCCAUCUCAGCUUUCUCACAAGACAACAUCUAUGAAGUUCAGCCACCAAGGGUAGACAGAAAAUCUACAGAGAUCUUCCAAGCCCACAUCCAGGCCAGCUAUGGUAUCAUGCAGCCCCUAGGGAGAGAGGAUACUUCCAUGUACCGAGAAUACAUCAGAAACCGCUACCUGUGAGGGGACGGAGGGCAGGGCCACCCAGUGUCCCUGCGAAGGAGCAAGAACAUCUGCAAGAAAGGCUUAGAUUACUCUCUUGUCUCAUCUCCAAAGGUAAUUUCCCAGAAGACCUUGCAUCUGAAGCUUUUCAUUGUUUUGUACCAUGCAAAUGAAAAAUUAUAUAAGUAGUAAAGAAAUGACU